UAUGUUUAUUCACCCCAGCUUUUCGAACCGCCUGCCUGCCCCUGGUCUUCUCUUGGACUACAGGGCAACCUCUUUAGCUGAAAGAUCUUGGCGAACUUUAAAAUCAAAACAAAUCAGUAAGCAGGCACUUGUCAAUUCACUAGUAUGUGCUGUACCAGUAACAGUGAAUUUCAGGAUAAUUGCGGAUACAUGAAGUUAACAGUUCUGCCGAUGGCAUAUUUUCGAAAAUUUUGACUAAGAACGUGACAAUUGUUAAUAACGUGUAAACGGCGAAUUGACGUCGGGAUGUCGUCGCCAACAAAAGUGUUGAAGAGCGUCGGACCAAAAUUAGUACCUUUUUUUAAAAGCGUCUCGGUGUAUUUUGUGCUAUUGGCCGAGCAGUCUUCUUUGCUGACGGCGUGCAUCAAGUGUUUGCCAAUAAUUAGUCUAAUAUUUUUCGUCCUACUACACGGGAUUAGUCUCUCCAAAGAAUACACAUUUUCAAGAAGAAUUCUAACGGGUCUUGUAUUCAGUUGCAUCGGCGAUGCACUACUCGUGUGGCCAAAUCUCUUUACAGCCGGAAUGGCAAUGUUUUCCGUUGCUCAAAUUAUGUACAUAAUUGCCUUCGGAUUCUCACCACUAAACCCGCCAGUGGGAGCCACUUUGUACGCAGGAAGCGCACUAGUAAUUUAUAUCCUAAUGCCUGGGCUGAGUGGCUUUCUAUCAAUAGGAGUGCCACUUUACAUAGUACUUUUGGCCACGAUGGCGUGGCGAGCGAUAUCCAGAGUUCAAUUUUUUGAGGAGUUGUGGACAUGGAAUAAACUUUGCAGCUGUGUAGGAAGUAUUUUUUUUCUAAUUUCGGAUACCCUGCUAGGUUUCAACUAUUUCCACAGUCCAAUUCCAUAUGCACAGAUCUCAAUUAUGUUGACCUACUACGCUGCUCAAUUAGGAAUAGCGUUGAGUGCUGUGGAGUCAAAGGACAAUAAUAAAUCAAUUGAAGUAAAGCGAUGAAGUGAUUACAGACGUAUUCACCUGAAUCGUUUGUCUUGGGAAACUAAUGAUUUUUUCCGAAAAAAGUGCCGAUCUAUUUUCUCAAUAGAAGCAAUGCCACCGACACAAGUUUUUUUCAAUCGAAUUGUGCCUGAAUUUAAAUUUAUUGCAAUCGGCUUUUAUUGAUAAUAAAGACCGUCGGUACAAGAUUACAUGUGUAGAAAUAUUUUUAGAGUUGUAGAUUUUACGUGUUGAUCCUUAGACCGAGAAAUUUCAGCAUUUUACUGUGGAAUUUAAUUAAUUCUACUAGUUCUUAGUCAUACAAAUCAAGGGAUGCGGUCUUUUGUAAAAAAGGUCCUUCAAUUUCUAUUAGUUCUUUCUCAACUUAAAGUUCUUUCAAAUUUUUAUCACUUGCAAAUUAAAGCCACUUUGAAAUUAAAAGCCCGUCAAAUUAAUAAACAAGACACUCCAAAGAGUUUAAUAGAGUCAUCAAUUUGUGAACCGAAUCGUGCAAUUUUACAUAUAUUUUCUUCAAAUAGAAAUUAUUCCCCGUAAGAUAGAUACAAGAAUGAGAAUUUCUAUUUUAAGGCAAUUGAUCUUGAAAUAUUUUUGGAGAAUAAUUCUCGAUAAAGGAGAAUUUUUUUUAAGCUUUAAACAUUGAGAUUUUAAGAAGUAAAAAAUAAACAACAGAAUUAUAGAAUUUUUUAAAGACUACUAUUAUAGAAAUUUGAUGCCAACUUUAUUUUUGGUGUUAUAUCGUUGACCAAUAUCUGUAAGUAAUAAUGCUAAUUGACGGUAAUUUAUAUUGUACCUACGUGAUCUUAUAUUAAUAUUUCUACAUAUUGAUGUAAGAGCAUGUAGAAAUAAGAACAAACAUGAAGAGUUAAGACAUAUCACAAAUGAAAUGCAGGACCUAAAUGUUGUAUUCGUAUUUUAAGUAAAAGAGAAAU